AUGGCCGAUCCCGAACCCGGGCAUUCGCCCGUCCAAGCCACGACCAACACCACCGAAUACGCGCCUCUCCUCCCGUCCGACCGCCAGUUCAUCUCUGCUCUCCAUCAAUCACAGGACUUUAUCGCUUGCCACAUCGUCAAGAUACACGGCGAGGACAGCUCGGUGUGGAAGCUCCGUCACUCGCUGCAGCACUGGUUCUCGUCCAAAUGGGGCCACUACUUUGUGAUCCUCCUGGUCUCGGCCGACAUAUGCUGCAUCUUUGCCGAUUUCCUCAUCAGUCUACACAUGUGCGAACAUGCCGGGGAGGAAGGGUUCAACUUGAGGGCGUGGCAGCGGGCAAACGACGUGCUUGGCUAUGCGAGUCUGACCUUCUCGUGUCUGUUCAUGGCGGAAUUGCUGGGCAGUGUUUUUGCGUUUGGGUUCAGGUACUUCAACAACUCGUUCCACAUCUUCGAUGCCCUCGUCAUCAUUGCCGCUUUCAUCAUCGACGUCCUGCUGCGCGGUCCGCUGGAAGAAGCCGGCUCCCUUGUCGUCGUCCUGCGACUCUGGCGCGUGUUCAAGAUUAUUGAGGAGUUCUCCUCGGGCGCCGAAGACGAAAUCGCAGAACUGCAGGAGAAGAUUGACGAGCUGGAGCAGGCCAGGGACGACGUCCUGAAAGAAAACGAGCAGCUCAAGCACAGGCUGAGGAGUGGGUAUAGAAAUGCCGACGGGGAUGGACAUGUCGGUGACGGUUGA